AUGCCAAAAGUAAAUUAACUCAAUGGAAUUUCAUAAAAUAAUAGCAAAAAUUAGAAUAAUUAUUCGAACUAGUAAAAUGGAUAAACUUUAAGUAAUAGAAUUGGCAAUUCUUAUGAAAUUGAUUGUGAGAGAAAAGAUUGCAUGAUAGUUAAAUUAAAUGGAAUUCAGAUGCAACAUCAAUUAAUUCUUUUAUAAAAAGAUUUAGAUAAAUAUAAAGCUUUGUAUUUAAAUGAAAGAAAGAAAAUGAAUGAUACAUCUAAAGAAGUUGAAGAAAUAAUAGAUGCUAUUUAACAAAAAGAAAAAGAUAUUAAUAUUAAAGAGAUGCAAUUAUUGGAAUUCGAAUAAACUUUAUUAUAAAGAAAUCAGGAUAUUAAUGGCUAAAGGGAAUCUUUAGAUAAUUUAAAGAAAAAAUUAAUUGAAUAAGAGUCUUCAUUAGCAGAAAAAGAAAAUUCAAUUAAUUUUUAAUCUAAAAAUUAAACUUAGUUAAUUGAUGAUUUAAAUAACUUAAAAACCAACUUAGAAUCUUCAGUAAAGUUUUUAGAAUAAAAAGAAUCACAAUUAUUUGCCACUCUUCAAAUGUUGAAUUAAUAAGAAUAAGAAGCUUUACAAAGAGUUGAACAUAUUAACUAAUUUAUUUAAAAUUCAGAUUAACAUUUUUCUAUGAUGGAAUCAAUCGAAUAAUUAUUUAAGCAAAAAAGCUUGAAUAUUGAUAAUGUUAAGUAAUCUGUAAUUUUUAAAUAAGAAGAACUAUAAAUGUAUGAAUAAUAAUUACAUUUGAAGAGUGUUUGCGCAUCUUUGAAUGAAGCUGCUUUUAGGAAAAAAGUAGAGUAAACUGAAAAAAUAAUUUUAAAAACACCUACUUAACAAUCAAAUAAGAAAAGUGAUAUGAUAUCCAAUAAAUGUAAUACAUUUUCAAACUAAAAAGUUUAUAAAAUUUAAUAGAAUAAACUUAUCUCUACAAUAAGUAGUAGAGAAAAUAGUCCAAUAUCUAAUAGAGAUUCAUUUAAAAUAAUUAAAAAACCUUAUAUCUAAAAUUCGACACCUAUGCAGGAAAUAAAUAAUUUCAACAUUAAAUUUGACACUAUAACAUAAAAUUGA